CUCCCAGGUAGGGCCCGGUGUAGCGGAGAAACGCGAGUUUGGGUGGGCGCGGGGCUGGUCUGGGGCUGCCGACGGACUCUGACUGCCCAGUGCCCUGCCCCCCAGCGAGCGUCUCCGAGCCAGUGAGGGCCGCCUUUGAGGACUUGGGGCCUGAGGCUGACCGAGGGGAGUCCCCGCCGCAUCCCGCCAUCCGGGCUGUGCCACAUGGAGUCUACGUUCAGCAGCCCCGCGGAGGCGGCGCUGCAGCGGGAGGCGGGCGCCGCGGGGCCGCUCACUCCUCUCGCGGACCUGGACCGAGUGUACGAACUGGAGCGAAUCGGUGGAUUUGUCCGCGACCUGGGGUGUCAACGGGUGGCCUUGCAGUUCCCUGACCAGCUGUUGGGAGAUGCUGGGGCUGUGGCUGCACGACUGGAGGAGACCACGGGGUCGAAGAUGUUCAUUAUAGGGGACACGGCUUAUGGCAGCUGCUGUGUGGAUGUGCUGGGUGCUGAGCAAGCUGGAGCUCAGGCCCUUGUACAUUUUGGCCCUGCCUGCUUAAGCCCUCCAGCCCGCUCACUGCCCGUGGCCUUCGUCCUUGGUCAACGUUCUGUGGCCUUGGAGGUCUGCGUCAAAGCCUUUGAGGCCCAGAACCCAGACCCCACAGCGCCUGUGGUGCUGCUGAGUGAGCCGGCCUGCGCCCAUGCCCUGGAGACCUUGGCCACUCUCCUGCGCCCGAGGUACUUGGACCUGCUUGUCUCCAGCCCAGCUUUUCCCCUGCCUGUGGGCUCCCUCAAUCCAGAUCCUGAGCCCCUGGAGCGUUUUGGGCGCCGCUUCCCCCUGGCUCCAGGAAGGCGUCUAGAAGAGUAUGGUGCCUUCUAUCUGGGGGGCUCUGAGGCCAUCCCUGACCCUGACCUCAACCCAGACCUGAGCCGGCUGCUCUUGGGCUGGGCACCAGGGCGGCCCUUCUUCUCUUGCUGCCCGGACACAGGGUGGACUCAGGAUGAAGGUGCCCGGGCUAGGCGGCUAAGAGCACGUAGGCGCUAUCUGGUAGAGAGGGCCAGAGAUGCCCGCGUGGUAGGGCUGCUGGCGGGCACAUUGGGUGUGGCCCGAUAUUGUGAGGCACUGGCACACUUGCGGAACCUGACUCAGGCUGCCGGCAAACGUAGCUAUGUGUUGGCUCUGGGGCGGCCCACGCCUGCCAAGCUUGCCAACUUCCCUGAGGUGGACGUCUUUGUGCUGUUGGCCUGUCCUUUGGGUGCCCUAGCCCCCCAGCCUUCUGGCAGCUUCUUCCGGCCUGUAUUGUCACCGUGUGAGCUGGAGGCUGCCUGCAACCCCGCCUGGCCACCUCCAGGCCUGGCUCCCCACCUCACACAUUAUGCGGACUUAUUGCCUGGCUCUCCUUUCCAUGUGCCCCUCCCGCCACCUGACUCGGAGCUGUGGGACACCCCAGACGUGUCACUCAUUACUGGGGAGCUCCGACCCCCACCUGCCUGGAAGCCAUCAAAUGAUCCUGGAUGCUCGGCCCUAACUCCGCGGCCCCAGCUGGAGCUGGCAGAGAGCAGCCCUGCAGCCUCCUUCCUUAGCUCCCGGAGUUGGCAGGGGCUGCAGCCCCGCCUGGGUCAGACACCAGUGACAGGAGCUGUGAGCGGAAGACGAGGGAUUGCCAUCGCCUAUGAGGACGAGGGAAGCAGCUGAUACCACCAGAGACACGGGUGGACUUAAGAAUCAACCUUAGACCUUAAAUGCUCCCUGCACAACCUCACCUCUCUGCCAGGAUCAUUGAAGGAGCCUGGAAAGAGGGAGGGCAGGCAGCUCCUCACUAAGGAUAAGAUCCAGCUCUGUCCUGUCCCGGCACUGGCACAAGGCUUAGCACAUAUUGGCUUAGUAAAUGCCUGUUGUUUGACUGAUGGGGGGAACAGCUUUGGGUCUUCCCUGAAGCCUUCUGGGCCCAUCUGUUCUCUUGGGAGCAGCCCAGGACCUCUUGCCAAUCCCAGUUCCUGCCGUGCAGUUGAGGGUCUGCCCUUGUCAAAGGCAUGCGCUAGAUGGUCUAGACCAGGGUUUCUCAACCUUGGCACUAGUGACAUUUGGGGCCAGAUAAUUCUUUGUUGAGAGGGGUUGUCCUGUGCGUUGUAGGAUGUUUAGCAUCAUCUCUGGAUUCUGCCCACUAGAUGCCAGUAGCAUGCCCCUCCCCAACAGUGAUAAUCAAAAAUGUCUGCAGACAUUGACAUGUCUCCUGUGAGGGCAAAACUGCUCCUAGUUGAGAACCACUGGUCUACACCUAUGCUAUCCUGUACAGUAGCCAUUAGACACAUGGCGCUAUUUAAACAUAAAUUUGAAUUAAUCAAGAUUAAAAACUCAGUUUUUCAUUCACACUCGUCACAUUUCAGUGCUCGAAUAGCCACAGGAGAGGACAGCGCAGCUUAGGACAUUUCCGUCUUUGCAGAAAGUUCUGCUGGACAGUGCUGGUCUACACUGACUCCAGUUUGUUUCUCAGGGAGAUCACAGAAACUUGAAUAAACCAGAUGCUUUUUCUCUCGUUUCCUGUUAUUCAUCAAGCACUGCAGGUCCUGCACAGGCCCUGGGGUGGAGAUCUGAACUGUAUGUGAUUGGAUUCUUGUCCUCACAGCGUGGGUGGGAACACACGCAGUUAAGUCCACAAUUACCACACGGUGAACAGUCCUCUGUGAGGAGGGAAGCCCCCACGGGCAGUAGGAGCCCAGAGAGGCUUCCCAGAGAGAGUGAUACCUAAGCUGGAUCUCAUAGAGAAAAAAAUAAUCAUCGAGAAAAAAGGACGUUUGGGCAAAGGGUGCACCAUGCUUAAACACACAAGUAUGGACCAGCAUGGUGGGUUCUUCAAGAAAAGUGGAGUUGCUGAAUCCUAAAGGUUCGGAAGGGUGGAGUGAAACGACUCAUGUCUUCAUUCCCCACAUUUGCUGAGAAUCUGGGCAUACUGGCAUUGUCCAGGGUGUUGAAGAAGUGGGUGAACAGGGAGAUGUGGUCCCUGCCCUCUGGGAGUACAGUCUACUGAUACAGGCAGAUCUAUAAACCGGUCAUGGUAAUCAGGACAAGGUGGGCACCAUCAUGUAUUCUACAAAUAUGCAUUGAGCACCCACUGUGUGCCAGGCGCUGGAAAUACAGCAGUGAGCUCAAGAGAAAUCCU